AUGCGCAGGAUCGAAACUUUGGAAAGUGCCUGGACGGUGGGUCCCGGGCAGGCGAGCAACGGGCCCCCGCUGGGCCACCAUUGGGUGGCCAGCCUGGGCGACGGCGGCGGCGGAGGCGGGGGCGCCUGGCCCUCGCCCUUGGAGCCCCCCGACGUGAAGCCCGGCCGGGAGGACUUGCAGCUGGGCGCCCUCCUCCAUCAUCACCACCACCACCACCAGCAUCAUCACCACCACCAGCAUCAGCACCCGCACCCGCACCAGCAACAGCAGCAGCAGCAGCAUCACCAGCAACAGCGCUCCCCCCACACCUGGGGGGCCAGCCCGGCUCACUACGGGCAGGGGGGCUUCACGGUGAGCGGGAUGCUGGAGCACGGGGGCCUCACCCCGCCGCCGGCCGCCGCCCCCCCCCAGCCGCCCCCCCAAGCCCCCCAACCGCCUCCUCCCUCGCAGCCCCAGUCCCAGCAAGCGGCCCCCCAGCCCCAGGCGCCGUCGGGGCCCCCCUUGCACCCGUCGUCGGUGGUGCUGCGGGACGGGCCGGAGGGGGCCGAGCUGGGCGCGCCCCCCUCGUGCGGGGCCGAGCACUCGGACGAGGAGACCCCCACGUCGGACGAGCUGGAGCAGUUCGCCAAGCAGUUCAAGCAGCGGCGGAUCAAGCUGGGCUUCACCCAGGCCGACGUGGGCCUGGCGCUGGGCACCCUCUACGGGAACGUCUUCUCGCAGACCACCAUCUGCCGCUUCGAGGCCCUCCAGCUCAGCUUCAAGAACAUGUGCAAGCUCAAGCCGCUGCUGAACAAGUGGCUGGAGGAGGCCGACUCUUCCACCGGCAGCCCCACCGGCCUGGACAAGAUCGCCGCCCAGGGCCGCAAGCGCAAGAAGCGCACCUCCAUCGAGGUGAGCGUCAAAGGGGUGCUGGAGACCCACUUCCUCAAGUGCCCCAAGCCGGCCGCCCAGGAGAUCUCCUCGCUGGCCGACAGCCUCCAACUGGAGAAAGAAGUGGUCCGGGUCUGGUUUUGCAACCGGCGGCAGAAGGAGAAGCGCAUGACGCCGCCGGGAGAGCCUCCCCAGCCCCACGAAGUCUACCCCCACGGCGUGAAGACGGACCCGCCUUCCUGCCACGACCUUUGACUAUGACGGACCCGCUCGGGAACUGGGGCGGCGGCGGCGGAUCAGGAUCAUUUGGGUGUGAUUCUAUAAAUAUAUAUAUAUAUAUAAAUAUAUAUACAAUUCUCUCUUCCCCCCCAU